GGCAUCCGGUUUCCGCCUCCAGGCCGCUUCCGGAAGCUCAUCUCAAAAUGCUGAACUGCUCUUUGCAAGUCGUCGGUGCUGUAGUAGUUGGAGUCCGUACACGGGCCUGAGCCUCAAGGCCAGGCUCCUGGGUGUCGUUAAUGUUCGGGGCCGCCGGGCGCCAACCGAUCGGAGCUCCAGCAACCGGGAAUAGCUGGCAUUUCAGUAGAACCAUGGAGGAACUAGUUCACGAUCUUGUCUCAGCAUUGGAAGAAAGCUCAGAGCAAGCUCGAGGUGGAUUUGCUGAAACUGGAGACCAUUCUCGAAGUUUGUCUUGCCCUCUGAAACGCCAGGCAAGGAAAAGGAGAGGGAGAAAACGGAGGUCAUAUAAUGUGCAUCACCCUUGGGAGAGUGGUCACUGCUUAAGUGAAGGCUCUGAUUCUAGUUUAGAAGAACCAAGCAAGGACUACAGAGAGAAUCACAAUAAUAAUAAAAAAGAAAAUAGUGACUCUGAUGACCAGAUGUUAGUAGCGAAGCGCAGAGCAUCAUCGAACUUAAAUAAUAAUGUUCGAGGGAAAAGACCUCUCUGGCAUGAGUCUGAUUUUGCUGUGGACAACCUCGGGAACAGAACUCUGCGCCGGAGGAGAAAGGUAAAACGCAUGGCAGUAGAUCUCCCACAGGACAUCGCUAACAAACGGACAAUGACACAGCCACCAGAAGGUUGUAGAGAUCAGGACAUGGACAGUGAUAGAGUUUACCAGUAUCAAGAAUUUACCAAGAGCAAAGUCAAAAAAAGGAAGCUGAAAAUAAUUAGACAAGGACCAAAAAUACAAGAUGAAGGAGUAGUUUUAGAAAAUGAGGAAAUAGGCCAGACCAAUAAGGAGAAAAUGGAAUAUGAAGAGCAAAAAGUCUCAGAUGAGCUCAUGAGUGAAAGUGAUUCCAGCAGUCUCAGCAGCACUGAUGCUGGUUUGUUUACCAAUGAUGAGGGAAGACAAGGUGAUGAUGAGCAGAGUGACUGGUUCUACGAAAAGGAAUCAGGUGGAGCUUGUGGUAUCGCUGGAGUCGUGCCUUGGUGGGAAAAGGAAGAUCUUACUGAGCUAGACAAAAAUUUACCAGAUCCUGUCUUUGAAAGUAUCCUAACUGGUUCUUUCCCCCUUAUGUCGCAUCCAGGCAGAAGAGGUUUUCAGGCUAGACUCAGUCGCCUUCAUGGAAUGCCUUCAAAGAAUAUUAAAAAAUCUGGAGGGACUCCAACUUCAAUGGCUACAAACUGGACCAGUGAGAUUCCCCUAUAAACCAAAUCUUCUAAUGCUAAUAAAUUAGUUACGUUUUGAACAUCUGGGGAAUGACACUCGAGGGAACCUGACUCCUGUCCUCUUCCCCGGAGGAAUAUCAUUGAAGUGAGAGCCUCUUUGAUGAAAAGAUGGGGCUGUUUUUGCUGGAGGACUGGUAUUCUUCCCUUUAGUCAGAAGUUAACCUGACUGGGGAGGCUUUCUAGGGAUUUAGGUCGGCCCAGGGUGGAUAGAUACUACUGUAAAUUUUAUAUAUUUUUCUCUUUUAUGAUUUUUUUUUAACAUGGAAUCCAUUUAUGUAUUGCUUGCUUUGCCAAAAUGCUAACAAAAGCUAGAAAAUGAAAAACUUCCAGAUCUUACUAGUAUUCCUUAGUGUUUAUAUUGUGACUGAUUAAGAGUUAAUUUUUACAUAUUUGACGGUUGUAAAUAAAAAUCAUGAUGCAUUGACAUUUAUGGUUCAUUUUUAGAAAAGUCUUAUAUAACAAGCAUUACUUAAAAUAUUUGCAUUUUACUCAGGGUAUUUUAACAAGGGCUAAGAUGGGUAGUAGGUAAGGUUGAUAAUCUUUGCUACAGUUUGAAUUUUGUUUAGUUUCCUUUCUACUUGGAUAAUCUGCUCUGUAUUGCAAAGUCAUUGUAUCUCAUAGUACAGUUUUCUUGUACUGCAAAAAUCACCCUCAUUCUAAACUAACCAGAAUGAUAACUAGUCUGCAUAAUAGAAUCAUUUGCCUUUUAAAUUGCCUGCUUUGUCUGGUACCUGAAACACAUCAAAAUUAUUAUUUCGGUGUAGAGCUUAAUGAAAUCAUGUGAAAGCUGGCAUUUUAACAAAUACUAUGUGACUGUGAAUCAUAUUGUCAUGCUUAAAAGUGAGAACUGCUUGUACAUCUUUAGAAUGGCAGACCAUAUGUGUCACUGUGAGUGUCAGAAAUACUUACAUGAGCUCAUUUGCACCAAGCAGGGGAAAAAAUGUAACAUUUCUAUCAAUGGUAAAAUUUAGACACUAUACUAAGUUCAGCCCAUUUCGGUUCUUCAAAAUGACUAUAUUGAAAUGAUUAAUAUUUUUAUUAAGUUUCGAUCAUUGAUGAAAAUGUGAUUUAAUACAUGUAUUUUUACAUUGUUGUAUGGAUUGUUAAUUCAACAUUUAAUGGCUAACGUAAAUAUGACUGGAAAAAAAAUUUGAAGUUGCCAUUGCCUUUACCUAAAGUUAUUAUAAUCUGCAAGAUUUCAACAAAUGCAUUAAGCAGGAAUGUGUGGCAUCUCCUUAUAGAUUGCUUGUCAGAACUAGAGAGAUAAAAAAUGGUAAAAUGCAACUUUGAGUGUCUUUACCUUUGCAUAUUUAAAAUGAUAUUUAAAGGUACAAUAAUGUGGUGUUGGUAAUUGUAAGUAAUCUUUUUUGUGCUAUGUCUUUGGAGUGAAGAAAAUUCAUGUUUUUUUCUGAAUUACAUAAAUGCUUUUAUUUUGUUUUGUAUAUUGACUGUCUUUUGGAUCUGAAUAAGUCACUUUAAAACCUUGGCCUAUGAACUUUGCCUUACCAAUCAUGAAUCUAGAUGAAUGCUAUCUAGUUCUUGGUUCAGUUUUACCUAUUUUUAUUUUUGGUUCACUGCUUGCUUGAGCAUAGCUGGGAUUUGUAGCCCAUUUUCUAGGCUUAUUGCAAUCUCACUGUGGUAUUUUAUAGAAGCUAUUACAACUGAUAGGUUAGCUUCAUGAUAUUGAUGAUACAUGGCUUAACCAUAUUAAAAGCUGCCUUCCCUCUCUAAAUUGUAAAAAGGUGAUUAAGUUUCACUUGAUGGAGAUAUACUAUAUAAGUGUGUUUAUCAUGGAACUAGUGCAUUAGGUCAUAAACUGUUUUUCUGGUUCAUGUUUUUUGUAUUCAGAAUUUUACUGAAGACAAUGGACUCCUUCAGGUUUUCUUUCUUUCCACCCUGAAUUGUCCUUGCUUGGAUUUUUAAGUACUGUAAUUUUUUUUUUUUUCAAUAAAAUCUCUGACUUGGGCAAGAAAGGUAA